AGUGCUUCGUGUGCGGCCCAGAGAGAAACCCCUUCGCCUGGCCGCUGGGUGGAAUGAGUGAGCUACGAAGAACGUGAAAUUUAUGAAUGGCGGAAAAAAACAGAAUUUCCAAGCACAAGUUAUUGUGUGCUUGUUCAACGGUUCACUGACCCCUGAGAUGGAUAUCGCCUGUCUGUUUUAAUGUGCCUUCAGUGCGCGGUGUUCAUUAAAGCAUGGCCAAUAACACCAAGUCAGUGCUUGUGUCAGAAGUCGAAUGAAAACUCAUCUCCGUUCACGCCACAGCAAGGAUGGAGGAGGAGGUGACGUGUAUCGUGUGCUCUGAGCUCUACACAAGAGGGACGCGAGAGCCGGUCGUCCUGCCCCUCUGCGGCCACACCUUCUGCAGGCCGUGUUUGUGCAACCUGGAGAACUCAGGGCGCCUCAGCUGCCCCACCUGCAGGCAGAGCUACGUCGGACCGCCCAUUGACCAGCUGCCCACCGUCUUCGCUCUCCUGAGUCUGUCUGAGCACUUUAGGAAGUCCGAGUAUCACGGAUGUGAGAGACAUGGGUCGCCGGUAGAGUUCUGGUGCCGCAGUUGCCAACUCCCCCUGUGCGGCCACUGCCUCCUCGAGGAGCACGUCAAGGAUGGCCACAAGGUCGUGCGAGGCACGGACUUCAUUGCAGAGCGGAAGGAGCACAUCCUAAGUGAGUGCACCGUGCUCAUCCAAGAGAUAAGUAACAGAAAGAGCCACUGCGUCAACAGGUUCAGUGAGUGGACAGCGCAGAUCAUCGCGGGAGUAGAAGAGAGCGCUGUGCUGUGGAACUCUACCCAGAAUGCCCAGAACAUUAUGGCUGAUAUCGUUGACGCAACCAAUAUUGAAUCUAUUUUGGUAUCGUCUUCGAUGCUCGGAAGUCUUCGAGAGGAAUUCAUGAGAGUAGCACAGAGGGACACGAGAACGAGGACUGUGAGCGAUCGUUCUUUGAGAUGCAGCUCCUGUAGCGAGGCGGAUUCUGCUUCUCCUCUCGGACUCCUGCGCCAGGAAUCUUCACCCGAUGUGGAAUAUCAAGAGACCGAGUUCGAAGAGACCGAGCAGACUAAUGCCCCCGAGGAGAAUACUCCAAGUUCCUCAACUUCAAUCUCGGACGCUGUUGUGCCUGAGGACAAGACGGACAGCUCGUCCGACUCCUCCCUGGCGCGGCAGGACAGCAUGGGGAACGAGCUUCUUGUAGCAAGACAAAUCAGCUCGAGCAGCAGCACGGGCCGCGAGACCUGCCACACCCUGAGGGACGCCGGCGUGAUGACCCUCUUAGGCCCAGUUCCUUGGCCGCUGAAGUGCUGCGUGGUAGGCCCAGGCGGGAGGAGAGGAAAGCUGAGAUGGGAGGGCGGCCGCCUCCACAUGUACGCCCUCGGAGAUAAUAAAUAGAGAAACCCACUUCAA